ACCUGACCUCUAAUCCGGCUGUAUCGGCUCCUCCCGCAUACAGUGCAUAAUAAUAAUAAUACUGAUAAAGCCUCCAGCAGCCCCGCCCCUCAGCCACGUGACGCUACGCUGACGUCACGGUAGCAUCAGAGCCCCUUUCUCUGCAUGGGAACUAGACACCACCCUGCCAUUGGCUGUAGGAGACCGAGGAAAAAAAGCGAUCCGGAGCGACACACAGAGCGCAGACCUCUCCGCUGCUGCUGCUGCUGCUGCUGUUGGGUGCACUCUGGUGCAGGCUAAACGUGACUUCCAACAUUUGCUGUUUUUUUUAUGCUAUUAUUAUUAUUAUUAUUUAUGCACAGCCUGCCCAUGUGCACGGCGCGCUCCUGCCCUCGCUUCCCAGGUGACAGCACUGUGCACGAUGUAGCUGCUGGUCACAAGCCACAACCAUGCUCCAUUUGCACGGGAGACUGUGAAUAGUGACACAAUAAGAGAAGCACAGGGCGUCGUGCUCCGUCCUCGCUACCGUCUCCAGGCGAAUACAGACAUCUUCCCGCUAUGAUUCUCGUAUUAAAGUGAUUAUCUGUGCACGCACCGGCGCCUCUCCUCUCCCCACAAAGGAUCGCUCUCAAGGUGAAUCUGGUGACCGAGGCAGAGGAGAGAUCACGCAGAGCCGGGAUUAUCCGCCGCCACUAGCCCAGCAGGAUCAGGACACUGUGCUGGGGAUCUCCUGUCUCUGUGCCGGGGCUGCACUAUAUGAGGCAGCUGCUGACCCUUUCUGGAUAUCAUGAUGAGCAAGGAAAGGCCCAAGAGGAACAUCAUCCAGAAGAGAUAUGAUGACAGUGAUGGUAUCCCAUGGUCAGAAGAAAGAGUGGUGCGUAAGGUGCUAUACUUAUCUCUCAAAGAGUUCAAGACCGCGCAAAAAAGACAAAGCGAUGACUGUAUUAAUGGGAGCUUCAAAACUCCUAAAGGUCUACUUCUAAAUGGCCAAUCUAACGGAUCCGGCCAGUCCUCUGAAAAUGAGAAGGAUGACACAUCUCAAGGGUCUUCAAACACCAAUAGUGUGACAUCUUCAGAUUCAGAAGAUGGGCCAGUGAGGAAAAGGCCAAGGCUGCAAGCACAAAGAAAAUUUGCCCAAUCCCAGCCAAACAGUCCGAGCACAACCCCCAUUAAAAUAGUGGAUCCAUUGCUACCCCCUCCGAUUACUCAGAUAUCUGACCUCUCCAAACGCAAACCCAAGACUGAGGAUUUUCUCACUUUUCUGUGUCUUCGAGGUUCUCCUGCUUUGCCAAGUAGUAUGGUAUACUUUGGAAGCUCACAAGAUGAAGAAGACAUUGAAGAUGAUGAUGUAGAGCUUUAUGACCUGAAAAUGAGCACCACUAACACUUCAUCCUCAUGCCACUCAACACCUCGAAAAGGAAAAACGCAAAAGCAUGUUACAAAUGGACAUGUUUUUAAUGGGUCUUGCAAAAAGGACAAAGAAACCUCCCACAGACACAAAAGCAAAGAAGCCACGCCGGGAAAAGAGAGGCAUGGUGUUCACAAAGCUGAGAGCCGGAGAGAGUCUACCGCUGCUACACACCAUCCUGCUUCUAACACGGGCUCAUAUGGCAAAGGGCUCACCGCUAACAACCACCACAGUCAUCUUAGAUCGGCUCAGGACUUAAGGAAACAGGUUUCCAAGGUGAAUGGAAUAACCCGAUUAUCAUCACUGGGUUCUAAUGCAGUCGGUGCCAAAAAGACAAGAGAAGCGAGACCUUCACCGUCCAAAACUGUGAAGUAUACUGCAACGGUGACUAAGGGAACGGUCACGUACACCAAAGCCAAGAAGGAACUGGACAAGGCAACCAAACUGAAUCACAGCAAAACCAGUUCAUCUGUUCACCACACAAUCUCAGGGACCACAGAAAGCAGCAAUGCAAAAACUCGUAAACAGGUGCUAUCUCUGUCCACAUCCAAGCCCAACUGUGCCACUGGUAUUAACUGUGUCAAAGUGAAUGGCAAGUUGAACAAAAAGACAUGCACUAGGGAGGAGGGGAGGCAGCUAAGGGAGGGACUGCGUUACUCAAAAAGACGUUUGGAGGAGGCAAACCUACCCAACAAGGCACAGCCUUUGGUAAAGAAAAUGAAACUAUCCGCCAGCUUGCCAGAGGUCAGAAGCAAGAGGUUAGCGGCGGAAAAAAUGGUGCUUAAUGGACACACAAAGAAAGAAGUGCCAGAGAAAAUGCUGGAAAGAAACAGGCCAAAGCGGGCCUCAGCAGUGAAGAGCACACCAGUUACACAAACUCGCAGUAAGACUGAAGAUGCCGGCUGUGAAAAUCGCUCUACCUCGCAGACAGAUUCUUCGCACAAACCUCUGGACUCCCCAAAACCAGAAAAAAAUACUGGGAGGGCCCGGUGCGUAGCCAUGUGUGAGAUCCCUGUCCUCCGACCCUCUGCCAAGGAGUUCCAUGACCCACUGAUCUACAUAGAAUCUAUCCGUGCCCGAGUGGAGAAGUACGGAAUGUGCACAGUGAUCCCUCCACCAGAUUGGAGACCAGAGUGCAAGCUGAACGAGGAAAUGCGCUUUGUGACGCAAAUGCAACACAUUCACAAGCUUGGUCGACGCUGGGGUCCAAAUGUGCAGAGGUUGGCUUGUAUCAAGAAGCACCUCAAAUCUCAGGGCAUCACCAUGGAUGAGCUUCCACUCAUAGGGGGCUGUGAGCUAGAUCUGGCUCAGUUUUUCCAACUCAUCAAUGAAAUGGGUGGCAUGCAACAAGUGACGGACCUCAAAAAGUGGAACAAACUGGCAGAUAUGCUUCGCAUCCCAAAAAGCGCACAGGACCGGCUGGCAAAGCUGCAAGAGGCCUACUGUCAGUACCUCCUUUCCUACGACUCCCUUUCGCCAGAGGAGCACAGAAAGCUGGAGAAAGAAGUCCAACAGGAGAAAGAGAGCCUGGAGAAGAAGAAGGGUCCAUUGGAGGGGCAUGCGGAGAAUGCAUAUAGAUUACAUUUGCUCCCUAGAUAUGAGCCCAAAAAUGGAUUAGUUAAUGGAGUAGUGCAUCGCAAUGGCCUCCGUGGGAAGUUGAAAGAAAUGGAUGUUCCUCUUAAAAAUGGCCGACGGAGGUUAUUUGCUCAGGAAAAGGAAUGCACAGAGGAGCAGCCUGAAGACAAAAGUUUAUUUGGUGACCUACACAAGUGCAUCUACAAAGGAAGGUCCAUGUCUCUCACCACCUUCUUCCGGACAGCAAGGAACGUUAUGAACAUGUGCUUCAGCAAGGAGCCAACAGUAGCAGAGGUUGAGCAAGAGUAUUGGCGAGUUGUUGAACAGAAGAGUUGUCAUGUUGCUGUGCACUGUGGAAAGGUGGACACAAAUACUCACGGCAGUGGAUUCCCUGUGAGUAAAGCUGAACCCUUUUCACGACAUGGAUGGAAUCUCACAGUCCUUCCUAAUAAUUCAGGAUCAAUCCUGCGACACCUUGGUGCUGUGCCUGGAGUAACAAUUCCUUGGCUUAAUAUUGGCAUGGUCUUUUCUACCUCAUGCUGGUCUCGAGACCAAAAUCACCUUCCCUACAUUGACUACUUACACACUGGUGCUGAUUGCGUUUGGUAUUGCAUUCCUGCUGAGGAAGAGAGCAAACUUGACAAAGUGGUACAUACUCUACUUCAAGCCAAUGGUACUCCUGGUCUACAAAUGCUUGAAAGCAAUGUCAUGAUCUCCCCAGAGGUGCUGUGCAAAGAGGGGAUCAAGGUGCACCGUACUGUACAGCAGAGUGGGCAAUUCGUCGUCUGCUUCCCAGGAUCCUUUGUGUCAAAAGUGUGCUGCGGCUACAGUGUUUCUGAAACUGUGCACUUUGCUACCACCCAGUGGACAAGCAUGGGCUUCAAAACUGCCAAGGAAAUGAAACGUCGUCACAUAGCAAAGCCGUUCUCUAUGGAGAAAUUACUGUAUCAGAUUGCAACAGCUGAGGCAAAAAAGGAGAACAGUCCAACUCUGAGUAUCAUUUCUUCUCUGCUCGGAGAGCUCAGGGACACAGAGUUGAGGCAGAGGAAUGAGCUCUUUGAGGCUGGCCUCCACUCAUCUGCACGCUAUGGAAGCCACGACACCAGCAACUCCACGUUGGACUGGAAGAAAAAACCUCGGAAAUGGCUGCAGUUUGAGACUUCAGAGAGAAGAUGUCAGAUCUGUCAGCACCUGUGUUACCUUUCCAUGGUGGUGCAGGAAAAUGAGAAUGUUGUAUUCUGUCUGGAGUGUGCGCUGCGUCACGUGGAAAGGCAGAAGUCAUGUCGAGGGCUAAAGCUCAUGUAUCGUUAUGAUGAGGAACAAAUAAUUAGUCUUGUCAAUGAGAUCUGUGGGAAAGUGUCUGGGAAAAGCAACAGCAUCGAGAGCUGUCUGGUUAAAUGUACACCAAAAAGGGGACCAAGGAAGAGAGCAAUGCUUGAUGUGCCAACAUCUAGACUUUCAUCCAUCAGUUUGUCCAAAAGUGCUUCAAAUUCAUAAUGAAGAUGCCAACACUCCCAUUUCUCUGAGCAUAUAGAAUUUUAUAUAUAUAUAUAUAUAUAUAUAUAUAUAUAUAUAUAUAUAUAAAUAUAUAUAAUUUUUAUUUUGUAAUUAUACCAUAGUUGGAGUACUUUGCUGUAGAGUACAGGCUGUCUUUGCACUAGCUCUAAGAAGAUUUUUUUUUUUCGUCUUCUGGUUUUUAGAGAAGUAACUUUGUUUUAGCAUUAAACUGAUUUUAUUUUAUUUGUUUUCUAUUUAGACACUGCAGUCUGAAUUUCAACACUGCAGUCUAGUCACUGUUUUAUGAUAAUCUAAGGGGACAGUCUGUGUUUUUAAUUUAAUUUUUUUUUUCCGGCAACCCCCAUAGACUGAAUGAGAAAGCCUACCUUGACAACAAUGAGUGAAAAAAACAAGGCUUUUAAAAAAUUUUUGAUAGGUUUGAGGUGUGUUUUAUUUCUUUGUAUUUCUUUAUCCAGCCAAGGGAGCAGUUUUUUCUAGAGAAGAGAAAAAUGAAACUUGAACAAACCUGCCCCUCCUUGGUUAUGUCUCAUUCUUUCAUGUGCAAGAUGAGUUUUUUUGUAUUUUUUAUUAUUAUUAUUUUUUUUAAAGUGGGAUUUGAAAUAUAAUAACUUAAAAAAAACAAACACAAAAAUUGGAGGAUGGUUUGGCAGCUGAUGAUUAACUUUUCCACACAAAACCCGGAGGCAAAAUGCUGAGAUUUGGAAUCGGUUUUCUGUUACCAGCACAUUUCUAUGCAUCUGUUAUAGGAGAAGAGGAAAAUGAACUCAAGCAAUGCCUGCCUGGAAGAAGUCAUGUGGUGGGGUGGGCGGGUUGGGGAUUAUAAACUGUGCCUGAUUUCAUAAGGAAUCCACUCUGUUAUUUUUGGUGCUGUUGGCUACUUUAUCAAAAAAAGAAAGAAAUGUUUAAAAAAAAAAAAAACUUCAAUAGCAUCCUUCGGUAAAGAAAAGGAAAAUUAAUUUAAAGUAUAUAUAUAUAUAUAAAUGGUUGAAGCCUGAAGUGCUUCUAUGUCAUAGACGUGCAAUCUUUCUAACAUUCCAUUUCAUUCCACUGCUGUCUCAACACAUCACACAAUCAGCAUUAAUAUAUAUGUAUUUUGUUUUAUGUUGAACCCUCUCUCUGUUGUAGAUUCUUGCUGUGUAUUACUUUGCUAAUUUCUGCGACAGAGAUGAAUUGCUUCAGUGAUUAUCUUUUAGAGCCACUAGGGUCUGAUUUUAUCUUUUUAUUUUUUGUGAAUGUGAAAAAUAAUUUUCCUCAUUGUCUUGUCUUUUUUUUUGUUAGCUCUGUGUCUAGCAGAAGAGAAAAAUACAAAUCACAAUUUUUUUUUGUACAUAUGCUUGUAAAUUGUUUAAAAUACUUGAGCCUUCUUUUGGGGAUCGGGGUGGAAAGGGGACGGUGAAAAAUAAAGAUGAAGAAAAAGCCUUACAUUUCAGUUUCUUCAUCGGAUGGUUUGGAUGCUUACAGGGUUAUUCUUGUAACAUAUAUAAGUGCUGCUUACAUCACUGAACAACUAAAAAGAAAAAAAAAAGGAUAAUGGUGUAAUUUUUAGGCCCCUUUUUUCUGAUUGGUUAUGUGUGGGACUAAAAUAAAAAAAAGGGAAAAUGUUUUAACAAAAUUCUUUAUAUCAUGGUUGAAAGAAAUCCGAAAAACCGUAGCUAGCCAUAUUGCACUGAACUCGCCAGUGGAAACUAUUGGGAGAGUGUCCUUUAAUACAAUUUGUUUGUUGUUGUUGCAGAAGACUGAACUGUUUUUUGAAUAUUUAACAAUAACAUAAACAGAGUCAAGUGUUUUUCAAAUGUGGUUGUCCAGUUUUAUGGCCUUGCUGUGUGCUUUUUCCCUCUUGACAGUAACCUUCUAUGACUACGGCUUACAGGUUGACAUUUUAAUUUAUUGGCACUGCUCUCUUUCCUUGUGGUGGAAAGACUCCAUGUUGUUUAUUGCCAGUUUUGUUUACUUUUCAGGUUUGUACAACAAGGUUUAUUAAUAAAUAAGACAAAACUUUUUGA